GUCUGGAGGCUCAGUAAAACACCCAUCUGUGCAUCAACGCGGAUCUGGCCUUGCUAUCUCCAUCCUUCCACCAUCAGAAUGAACGCUAUCAACCUUGUAGAUUGUUUCUGGGGCGCUCCAACGUCGAAGGUCAACUUCUGCGAGGCGGACUACGCCAUAAGCAGAUAUAUCGCCGAGUUUGUCAACAGCCUGACAAACGUCAUCUACAUAAUCUACGGCAUCUACGGGUUACGCCAACUGCGACAAAACGCGAACAAGUAUGUUGAUCCUUUACGUGCCCUUCCCUACUGGGGGCUCAUAGCGGUCGGCCUGUGCUCGUUUGCAUUCCAUGCUAGCCUCAAGUACCACACCCAAAUGAUGGACGACGUCUCGAUGCAUUUCGCGACAACCCCCGUCCUACAUCGUGUCCUGACAACUAAUUCCAAUCGUCGGGACUUUAUCAUUACUACUUUAGUGCUUGUUUCUACUUUGCUGCUUCUGAUAUUAUUCCAUAUAAUUACCGAUGAGCUGGUCCUUCACUCCGUGCUAUUUGUCGGCACGGUGACUUUCAUUGGAGUUUAUACUAUUCGACUUAUCAAUAGCCGGACGCUGCCGGACUCACCUGCCUGGCGACAGACGUGGGGAAUGGCUUGGUUUGGAAUAGCAAUUUUCAACUUUGGAUAUUGGCUUUGGCUGGCUGAUCAGUGGGCCUGCAGCUUUUUAACCAGAGCGAGAGAAGCAAUAGGCCUCCCCUGGGCUUUUUUAUUGGAGUUGCACGGAUGGUGGCAUAUCUGUACUGGAAUAGGGGCAUAUACCUUUAUUGCUGUUAUAGAUCUCCUACUCUCGGAUGAUGAUAUAAAAGACAUUACACAGUCAUUCGCCUGGCCUGCUUCCUGGGCGUCGACAUCAAUUUUCGCAGGAUGUGAACCGUCUGUUGACAAGGAGGUUGGUGAGAAACAAAAGUAAAACACGGCCAUGUAUGUUUUCCGAGACGGAAGUCAGGCCAGACGCUCUCUGAUAGUCUAUUGCUUAUUCCAAAUUUGAGGUUUGUAUCUAUUUGAGUUGUUAGUCUAAUCGAUCCGGUCUAC